AUGCCCAUCGAUCGCAUUCUCAGAGUGCUCAAGGCAUUCGUGAUGGCCAAGUACCGUGGGGCAGACUUGCUGAAUCGCAUCGCAGCCGAGCUGGCCCGCGAAAUCAAGACGGCUUCCUCCACGCGCUUGUGCCAAGUGUUUCAUUGGCUGGCGAGAGCUGGCAUCCGAGACCAGACACUGAUGUCCUUGAUGGGCAAUGAAGCCCUUUUCAGGCUCUCAGAUGACUUUGUGCUCGACAUGUACCUGGAGGUUAUGAAUGCCCACGCCCGGCUGGACCUUCGGAAUCCCCGCUUAGUGAAUGCCAUGUUGCGUGAGAUGGCUCCCUUCUUUCGAGACCUCAGCAAAGACCAAUUGAGCGCCGUGGCUCCAUUGACCGUGAUGACCCUCUUCACCGAUGAGGCUCGGGUGGCCUACCUCUCCCGCUGUGCCGAGCUGAAUCUCGGCCUUCCGGUGCGCAUGACGCAGCCGGAGGUCCUGAAGCAGCUCCGCCUCCUUGAGGAUUGUCUUCGCUUGGACUACCAUCCGACGACUCUCCCGGCACAGGUGCAAAUUUGGUUGCAGAACUUGAGGCAAGAGAGUGAGGCCCUGGACAACAUGGAGCCUGACCCACUCUCCCCGGUGGAGGAGGACAUCCUGCGUGUUCUUCAGCAGGAGAUGGAUGUUGCAGUGACUGGCUGCUUUCCGGAUGGUGUUCUGACUCUCCAUCUGGUGGUGGGGAAAACCGUCCUGCAGGUGAUGGACGAGUACGAAGACUACUACGUCACCCCUGCUAUGAACCCGAAUAACGCCCAGCGGCAGCGGCUGAUCCGCGCUGAAUCCAAGCUGCGGCAGCGGCUCAUUUGGCGUCGAGGGUGGAGGGUUCUGACACUGGAUGCAGAUGAGUGGAAGAAGCUGACGGAUGAUAUCUUUAAGAAGGACCUGCUCGAGGAACUGCUGGUGCAUGGUCAGAAGAGCAUCCGUCCGUGA